AUGAGGAGAAAUGUUAUCUCUGUGACUUUGGUUGUUAGUGCCAGGUGGUAUGGAUGGAUAGAUAGAUAGAUAGAUAGACAGACAGACAGACAGACAUUUGAACUUUUAUUCAUUCACUCCUCUUCUGUAACUGGUUUAACCUGGUCAAGGUUGCAGUGGAAACACUAAGUGUAAACAGCGGAUCUGGCAACAUUGCAUCCGAAGCAAGCAAUAAGAGUGGGCCUACAGAGACACAUGAUGGAGAUGCUGAGGGGUGUGGUUACAUGGAGGGCAGUGGGGAGGGCUGGGAUGACGGCGAAAUAGACAGGAAGGUCGGAAGAACCGAGAAUUUUGCUGGCAUUUACCAUCCCGUGUAUAUCUUGUGGAGAAUUAAUUUGAGACACUGUCUCUUGCAGACUAAAGGCAGUACACUGAGGCAAGAUGUGAGCAAUAUGUGGAUCAAACUUGACUGGGAACUCAGAAAACCUUACCAAAUAUUUGUUUCUACAUAUUGCGAAAUUUGUACAUCAUCUUUGUACUAAAUACACACCCACAAUGCACUCUUCAAGGCCCUCCAUUCCCCCACGAACACGUCGAUUUGACAGUGGCAGACGUACAGAAGCAAAACCACCCAACCAUGCAGCUAGGAGGGAGGACAAAAAUGUAAGCAGCAUUUCUUCAUCCCCUCGUCGUACCACACGAGCAGCACCUGAGCCUUCCAGGUUAAAGGGCAUAGGUCUGAGUGCUCGAACCACAGUGACUCAGAACAGAAUGGUCCGACAUCAGAAAACCUCUACCCCCGCAGUACCAGGCAAGUCUAAGGGUGGAGCUAAGGGUGGACAUGUGGCGUCAAACCAGGGCCCUGCUAUUGUAGAUCCAAACUGUAAUGAACCAAGCCUGCCUUGCCUGUGUUGUGAUGGCCACUCACCUCAGGACAGCAACAGCUUAUUCAAUCACAACCAUAACAACAAUAACACUGUGACCAUCAGGCAGCAGCUCAAGCUUGUCCCAUCACCUCAGGAGAAAAAGGAGUCUGAAAAACCAGACAUUGGAAAAGCCACAUGUAAGCCAGAGGAGGAGCAGCCUGUAGCUAGUCCUGUAGCUAAACACAUGGAGGACAAAAAGGAAGAGGAAAAUGGAAAUGUGGAUGAAAUCGAUGGAGCUGUUUCCAAGGAUGAUGACAUUGUGGUUAAUGUGAUUGCAAAAGUAGAUGAGAAUGGAAAUGGUAAUAAUCAAGAUGUUAAUGUUGAUAAUGAUGAUGUCAAUGAUGAUGAUGAUGAUAAUGAGGAUGACGAAGAAGAUGAUGACAACACACUUGUACCUUCUUCCUGCGAUUGCCCAGCAUCAAUGUUGGACUUCUCUCUCACGUCUUCUACCUCAUCUUCAUCCACCUCCAUCAGCAGCUGCUCAGAUUUGGAUUCUGAUUGCCCUGAUACAUUUUCAGUGUCUCUGCAAGAAGAAGAAGAAGAUGAAGCAACUGAGCAUUAUUCUUCACCUCAUCCCCCAGCAUCCCACUCCACUGUUUUUCCAUACUGCUCCAUACCACUGGACCUUAGCACUUCAGUGAGAUCACCAUCUCCAUGCUCCCCUGAUGAGGGAUAUCCUUCGGCUCCCCCGUCCCCUUCAUCAGGAUGUAUAGAGGGCAAGGUACCUAAGAAAGAAAAAGGUAUUAAAGUAGAUCUUUUGAACUUUUUGGACUCUAUUGAUGAAUUAGGCAAAGUUGAUCACUUUUAUCGAAUUGUUCAGCUAGCAAAUUGGGAGCUCAAGGAUGAUUUGGAUCUAAGAUAUAGGCUGGUGCAUCAAGAAAGGCUUGAAAAGGUCAACAAGCAGGUGAGACUUGUGCAUCUGGAAAGACUGCAGGAAGCUGGAUUGGACAUUUCUGAUGAAGAUAUUUCUGGAGUACUUGAUGACAUGGGCAAUACUGACAUUUCCUGGAAGCUUUAUAAAAGUGACAGCUCAUGUGAUUCCCAAGAAUACAGUGAUGCUGGGGUAGAUAUGACAGCCCCGUCUGACCUGGAUGAACCUCCAGUUCCAGCCCCAUCUGACCUGGAUGAACCUCCAAUUCCAGAUUCCCUUGCACCAUCACCUGUAAAUCCUCCUCCUCGCCCCCCCAAACCUCUAGCAAGACACGUCAGUGCCCAACCAGAAAUGCACACAUACAUGAACAUCAGUGGGAAUACACCUUCAGUUUCCUCUAACUCCUCCCCAGCUAAAACCUUCAGUCUCUCAGUUUCCCAAACUUCGUCUCUGAUUUCAUCUUCAGUAUCAAAACCCCCUGUGUUGCCACCAUCACAGCCUGUUCCUUAUUUCACCUUGUAUACAGAUGCAACCACACUCUCCUCACCCACUCCGCCCAUUCCACCUCCCAGAAGGCGGCAUAAAGCCCGUCUAGAAGCUCUAAGGCUUGCUGAGCUUGAGAGAUUGAAGACACCUCAGUCUCUUCCUGCUCCAUCUUCCAGACCUCCACCUCUACCACCUCCACCAGCUUUGCCCUCUCCUCCUGCCAUUCCACCACCUCCAUUACUCCCACCUCCUCCAUCAUUCCAUGCUUUGGAUGUAGAGAUACGGAAGCUGCUGGCACUGGCAGGGAUCACCCAGGCUGAGUUACUAAGGCUUAGCCCUGAGUUGGGUGUCUGUGUUGAUGGGGUCUUGGAAGAAGAACAAACAUCUGAUCCUUUGAACAUCAAAGAUGUUUGUGUUAGUGAGACAAGCAAAGAGAAGCAAGAGGAUGUGAACAAGGGAAAAAAAUUUACCUGGAGGGAGCUGAGAGAGGGCAGUAAGCUUGGGAAAGAGGAAACAUACAUAGAUGAAAAGAAUGAAGAAUGCAAGGACACUUUCAGGACAAUGUCCUUCACAGAGAUGGCCAAGCGGCACAAGCAGAAUGAAGGUAGCAGUAACUCUAGCUGCAAUUGUGGUUUGAGGGAUAAUGCCAGCUUGACAACUGACUCGUAUUACAGCACAUCUAUCAGCAGUAAACAGUUCACUAAUUCUAGCUUUGGCAAUUUUGAUUAUGCCUCAGAGAUUCCUGAUUCCCCUCCUCCCCCUCCCCCUCCACGACCUUUACCCCCACGGCCAAAAAUAUUGCCUAAACCACCUGAACUUCCUCCUGUAAAGCCAUGUGCUCUAUCUGCCAAUUCAUCUCGUCCAGAUAGAUUUGAUUGGCUGAUAGCCUUUACUCCAGACACAGAGACACCCCCCCUAGAAAUGAGAAAAGCAUCUACUAAUGCCACAUCACAAAACUCCAGCUCUGUUCCAAAAGUCACUACAUUUAAAGAAUUGCGCAACAGAGGUAAACAUGCUUCCCCACCAACUCAAAUCAAACGAGAACCUGAACCAACUGUCAUCACUCCCGAUCCAGAUUUCCUGUAUAACCUUAAGUGGAGGAGAGAGAAGGCUGAUGGGGAUGGCACCCAGUGGGAGUAUACUUCCCAAGCACAGACCACCUUUCUCCAGCCACCACCCACACCUGCCUCAUUGGCUCUAUUUAGGGAAAUACGCCACUUGAAUGUUCAGGCCGAUGCAACUCUGGAUCCUGGCCCCAUGCAACAAAUUAGUGGCUCAGCCAAUAAGAACAAUCAGUAUAACUUGAUUGAUGACAGAAACGGAGAACAUUACAAGACAAAGGAUGAAGGCAUGGGGGAGACAGAGGUCAGAGGAAUGGCAGAUGGAGGACAAACAUUGGAAUCAAGAACAAGACCUGUACGCAGCCUGUCCUUUGCUGGUUCUGCUGCAAAAGCAGGGGCCUGGAUGGGUGACGAUGAGAAGCCCCCACUGAUAGGUGGUGAACUGUCCCCUCUUUGCCUGCAGGAAAAACGAGCUCUCAUUAGUUCAGUCAGUGUGGCAGUGGAGGCCAUUCUGGCUCAGUUCAGCUCCUCUAGGACUCUUGUGCAGAAGAUUCACUCAGUAGAUAAGGCUCUCUCUGGAGACAGCAGUGUAAACCCUGCUCUGGGUCGGCUGGUGUUGCAGUGCCUUUGCCCGGCCCUGCACGGCCUUCUCUGUGACGGACUCAAACCCCAUCAGAGUGAUCUCAUCACAGGCAGGAGGCCAAAUUCAACCUGGGGAUUGGUUCAGGCCUCCACCAAACCAGGCCCGAACACCCAGGCUUUGUACAGCUUACAGGCUAAAGUAGCUGCACUUCCACAGCUCAAGCAAAGCCGGCACAGGUUUAAUGCCUUCCUGCUCGGCCUUCUCAAUAUCAAGCGCCUAGAUUACUGGCUUUCCCACUUACAGACGUGCCAUGAUGUCCUGGAAACAUAUUACUGGCCAACAUCCUUCAUGCGCCUUUCAGGCUCUUUUUGCCAAUCUUUCUUCGAAGAGCUUCUCCUCAUGCUGCAGCCACUCUCCCUCCUGACCUUCAACCUUGACCUGCUGUUCCAGCACCACCAUUUCGACCCAUUGUCCCCUGCACUCAGCACCCCCAGCCGUAGCCCACAAUCAUCCAGUCCAGACCAGCCACAGAGCAAUGGGCAACAUCUGAAGAAGGUUUCAAAGCAAGGCUUCACUGAUCCCAAAGCAGCCAGCCACAAUUCAAGUCCCACAAGCACAUUCAAGGCAAUAUCAGGGAUCGGUAAAGGAGAGACAAGUCCACAGCUGCAAUGGCUGCAGGAGAAGGAGAUAAUAGCCCCCCCUAGUAUUUGGAGUGGGAAUAGCUUCAGCCAGCAGGCAGGUCAGGCUCUUCAGCAAGGCUGGGGGGCUGUGAUACGUUUGGGCGAGCGUUUAGGGCAGAACUGGAGUGGUUUGACUUCCACUGGUAUGUCAGAGGAGGCCAAAGCUCACACCAUAACGGAUCUGAAUACACACUCCAAUUCUAAUUGUCCAAAGAACCCAAGCCAGGAGCUUCUGACUGCUGAGGGUGGAACAGCUUCUUGGGGUUUAGGCAGACUAUUUGGAGCAUCCAAAAGCCCCAAUGACCCACCAACAAAACGGCGUCCUUCUCACUGGCUAAAUCCCGGGAUAACAGUUCUGUCCCGCAUAUCAAACACAGGCCAGGCCUUUUUGCCUGAGAAGAUUGAGCCUGGAAGAAAAGAGGAGAGGGAGAAGGGCAAAAAUGACAAGAGUAAAGAAACUGGUGUCCAGUCAAAACCUGUGAGGGCGGUCAGAACUCUGUGCGAUCACAUGGGUACAGGAGCAGAGCUGAGCUUCAGAAAGGGGGAGGAGCUCUUACUUCUUGGAGGCGUGGACCAAGACUGGAUUCGCUGUCGCCAAGGUGACAAGGAGGGCCUUGUUCCUAUUGGUUAUGCAUCACUCAUCAUGUGACUCAUACUUGGAUGAUCAUGUGAGUUGAAGUGACAUGAAUAUGUACCAUGGAUUAUUCUGUUAAAAAGAGAAGGGUGUAUACAUUGAUAUUUAGUUCAUAUCUUAACUCCUAAAUAGUUAUUAGGGGUUGUGCAGAAAUGCUCAGCUCUGUUGCUUGGUGUGUGAUGUUUCGUGUUUUUCUCUAGCAUUCAUCUAAACAUAUAUGAUAUUGUAUAAAUGAUACAUUUACAUAAAUAUACAUAUAUAAAUAAAGAAUAUCAGAUUAAUUGAAUUAAAAUAAUAAAUUUGAUCAUGAUAGAUAGGCAGAUAGACAUGAACAGAUUAGUCAUUGUGUAGUCCAUGUCCAUGAUGAAUAGAAUUCAUUAUCUUGCGUUAUGAAAUAUCCCAUCCGUAAUAUACAGCUUAUUCCAAAUAUCAAGCUUGCUAAUGGAUCAUAAAAGAAAGCAUAUAUAUCUAUUUCUGUGGUACCUAAAAUUAUAGCUGCUUUUGGGUUUCGGGUGUAUAUCAGUAAAGGAGCUCCUUGCACGCUAUCUGAUUAUUUGUUUUCGUGUUACUGUUACUCAUAUUGAUUACAACCCUUCAGGCAAUUCAUUAUUGACUCAAUGACCAGGAAAAAGUGCUUACUGUAUGAAUUUUCAGACAUGGAUCAAGUCUAGACCAAGAUAGAUUUCUAGUCAGUAAUCCCAGUAAGAUAGGUUUACGCUAGAUUUUAAUCUGUGCCUGGAAACCCGCUGUAUUUAUUCAGAUUUUUACAAUGACGUGUUAUGACCCUGUCACUAUUUAAAAGCCUGACAAUGUAAAACUACUACGAUUGAUGUUCUUGCUCUCACUAGUGGCAGUCGAGUACUUUUAGUGUGGUAGUGCACUGAUCAUUUUUCGUUAUUUAUUUCCUACAGUGUGCAGACUAGUGUGAUUUAGAAGAUUAUUACUGACUAUGCAUAUACCAUACUGUACUAUUCACAAGACUCAUCACUGGAGUAAGCAUAUAUGGUUGAUGGCAUUACUCUUUUGUAAAAAAAAAAAUAAUAAUAAAAAAUUGGUAAUCUGUGUGUGAAUGCCUUGAAUGGAGUUGCAUGAACAUAUAUCGAAGUAAAUAACGUAUUUAUCAGUCUCAGAAGCAAGAUGGCUUUAUUGUGUGUUGACGGUAGUAUAACAAAUAGACAAACUAAAGAGUGCUGCAUUUGAAUAUGAACUAAAGUACUUACCUGUAAGUAGAGAUAAAGGUCGCAGGCAAGCGUUUCAGAUGAGCUGAGCACAGCAAGCAUGUUAGAGAGGGGAGUAUAGGGAACCCAGUGAAAAUCAGUUGCUUCCACACUGGCUGAUGCAUUGAGUGCUGCUGAUUGAUGGCGUUCCUUGCCAUCUGUGCCUGCACUGACGUGCCAGUUUGCAUAGAUUGCAGCUUCAUCUCUUUAACCCACACCAACAAAUGCUCACUAUCAAUGUGCCAGCUUACAGCAGCAAAGCCAUGGGCUACACACAUCCCCCACCUCAUAGAAAAACACAGAGUAUUUACAGUACCGCCAGACACCUGCGUGAAUGUGUAACGUAAAUGUGCUCCACCUUUACCAAGCCUCCAUUAUAUAAGCAUUUCAGCAGACCAGCUCUUGUCUAUUGUUUUAUUUCAGAAAAAAAUAAUUUUGCAUUAUGCGUUUGGUUACGUUUAAAGACUUAGGGUUUAAUAUGUGGUAUUAUAGGUUAAGCUAUAUAGGAUAACAACUUAGAUGUGAGUAUUUUUGAUGUUGUGUUGUUACAGUUAUGACAAAUUCAAGGCUAAAUCUUGUUUAGUGAAAUCUUUUUUUUUUCUAUUCUUUAUUCUUACCUCAAAGGCAACAUUUCAGUGAUGUAUGGAACUUUUCAGGAAUUUCAGGAAUUUUUUUAAACUUUUAAAUUAUUAUUUUAGUAUAUUUAACAUUGUGAGGUAAAGCCUUGUUUAGUGGGAAAAUAGAUGUACUGGAUAGUACUGUGGGAUUGUUUUUGUUCUUGGAUGAUUUGGCUGAUGUAUCCUUUAUUGUCUAUCUCUCUAUCUAUCUGCUGUGGUCUGUAUGCGUGUGUAUGCAUUAGUGUGGCAGUGGGUUGCGUAGCUGUGUGUGAUUAUAGCCCGCCGCUGGUAGCACACUUCAAAUACAUAGUAGCCUGUUCGAAUACCAUCAUUCAGUAGUCAACCAACUGCUUGCAUGUGGGUGUUUUGUAAAUAUACCCAAAUAAACUAUUAAAAUCAAUAAA